GGCGUCUGCCCGCGAGGAUGGCGGCUCCCUUGGUGCUGGUGGUCCUGGCGGCCGUGACGGUCCGGGCCGCGCUGUAUCGCUCCAGCCUCGCCGCCUUCAUCGCCGAGCGGGUCGAGGUGGCGUCGCCGCUGAACGCCUGGAAGCGAGUGGUCGAAGGAUUAGCUCUGCUGGAUUUAGGGGUCUCACCAUAUUCUGGAGCUGUUUUUCAUGAGACCCCACUGAUAAUAUAUCUCUUUCACUUCCUGAUUGAAUAUGCUGAAUUGGUCUUCAUGAUAACUGAUGUACUAACAGCUGUUGCCCUUUACUUGGCCAUCCAGGACUACAACAAAGUUGUGUUCAAAAAGCAAAAGCUCCUAAUAGAGCUGGAUAAAUACGCACCAGAUGUGGCUGAGCUCAUCCGGACGCCCAUGGAAAUGCACUACAUCCCCCUCAAGGUAGCACUGGUCUAUCUGUUAAACCCCUACACUGUGAUGUCUUGUGUGGCAAAGUCCACCUGCGCCAUCAGCAACACUGUCAUUGCGUUCUUCAUUUUGGCAACAAUAAGAGGUAGUGCCUUUCUCAGUGCUGUGUUCCUGGCCUUAGCAACAUACCAGUCACUCUAUCCCAUCACGUUGUUUGCUCCAGCACUCCUUUACCUUCUGCAGCGUCAGUUCAUACCAAUAAAACCAAAAAGUAAAAGCUUCUGGCUCUUCACCAUGCAGUAUGCAGCCUUGUACCUGUGCAGCCUGGUGGUGAUCAUCUGCCUCUCUUUCUUCCUCCUCAACUCGUGGGAUUUUAUCCCAUCUGUUUACGGGUUUAUCCUUUCUGUUCCAGAUCUGACACCCAAUAUUGGCCUUUUCUGGUACUUCUUCGCAGAGAUGUUUGAACACUUUAGUCUUUUCUUUGUAUGUGUGUUUCAAAUCAAUGUGUUCUUCUACACCAUUCCCUUGGCAGUAAAACUAAAGGAACACCCUGUGUUCUUCAUGUUUGUCCAGCUUGCAAUCAUUUCUAUCUUCAAGUCCUAUCCCACAGUGGGAGAUGUUGCACUGUAUAUGGCCUUCCUCCCAGUCUGGAGCCACCUUUACAGGUUCCUCCGGAACAUCUUCAUCCUGACAUGUAUGCUCAUUGCCUGCUCCCUCCUGUUCCCUGUUUUGUGGCAUCUCUGGAUUUAUGCAGGAAGUGCCAACUCCAAUUUUUAUUACGCCAUCACAUUGACUUUCAACAUAGGGCAGAUCCUGCUUAUCUCGGAUUACUUCUAUGCCUUCCUCCGGCGGGAGUACUACCUCACUCAUGGACUCCAUUUGACAAGGCAAGAUGGGACAGAGGCCAUGCUUGUUUUGAAGUAAUGGUUGAAUCCACCGUUUCGUGGGCCAUGGACUACUCUAAGGAACAUGCAAAGCUUGGUGUAUAUGGGGUGGGUGGGGAAGGUUCCCUGGAUGAGGUCUGGCUUUGGGAAUGAUACCUACUGAAAGAAUGGGCUGAGGUUCUUCUGGGAAUACCCUCUGCGGCAGUGGACUCAGUGUGGGCUAAGAGCUGCAAGUAGAACCUUCACUGGAGGAUCUCCCUUCUUUCUUCAGCUGUGCUUUUCACUGAGACCUCAGCCAUCAACUCUGGGCAGUCCAGCCGGAACUGGAGAAAUCAUUUGAGCUAAAAACAAGGCUCAGUCUCUGUCCCAGAAACUGCUCAGACCAUAAACUGUUUACUUUAUGUCACUGCUUCUUGAAGGUGUUUGUUUCUCCUGGAAAUUUCCCCAUCACAGCUUUUACCAGUAAUGCUCCUGUUUGACACGAGACAAUGUCCGCGUACUUGGUGCCAAAGGCCUGCCCACCGUUGUGGGUUCUGGAAAAACCAUGUGCUUGGACACAUCAGCAACUUUUGAAGCAAGAAGGUGACUGAACAAACUGUUGGAAGGAGGAGCUGCUGCCAGGGGAGCUCUUGGCGCUCACACCACUACUGAGAACUGGAACUAGGGGAAAGCAGGAGCGGGGUGGGUAGUGUGUAAAUGUUCUAUCCCUUUAUGAAUAGAUGCUCCCUUGUGAGGAGCUACACAGAACCGUGUCAGGGUCUCAGAGGAAGGAACACUACUGUGCAGACAGUCUCCUGCUGCUCCUUAUUUCUGUAUGUUAACAAAGCUUGGCAGUGCAGGGCUUGCAUUACCCUGUUGUGAUAGCUUGGUGCAGCAGCACAGACAUGGAAUGAGCAAGCUGUGUUCCUGGGCUGGGGACCAGGAGAUGUCAAAAUCUCCCCACAGACCAAAUUCAGAAGGUGCCUUGGACUCCACUGUUGUGGAGUUGUUGGGCUCCAGGUGUUUCACAGCAGCUUAACAAUGCAGGAUAGUCACUGUGCAGUAUUACUCCCUUGUAUAUACAGCGAUGGCAUCUUGUUGCUGUGUGUGGAGGGGUCCAUAACACGCUGUCCCUCAGCUCCCCUGCUGCUUCCCUUGUGUUCAGACCUUUUCUCCAGAGCUUCUGCUGCUGCUGACCCCAUGAAUGUGACCUACCAGGGGAAUCCACAGGGCUCUGCUGCUUGCAUGUGGCACUGGGAGUUGUUAACUGCAGUGCUGAAAGCCGCCUACAGUGUUGGGGCAGGAAGUGAUCGGUGUGCCCCACUCAUCCCAAGAAGGAAGUUGAAGGGCUGGUGAUUUGUCAGCAUGGAAACCGAACUGUCUGGCCCAGAGAAAUUGAGAGACCAACAUGCCCAGGGCCUCCCCAGGCAGUUCUAUGAACAAAUCUAUUUCUUUUUUUUUUACAGUUAAAACUUUUGCCUUACUGCACUGCUAUUAGCGCUUUUGCCGGGGGGAUGUUACUGCGAGUCCAGCUCAGCCCGCCCUGCGCUGCAGCCCUGGGCUGGGGGUCACACAGGCAGGGCUGCUCCGGGCUGCCCCGCGUGGCAUGGCGAAGAGCACAAUAAAUUGUGCAAGUUUUAAA